UCUGCUCUUUGCAGCUCCCACAGCCCCUUCCCCUCAGAGCAGCAGAGGAGCCAUGGAGCAGGGCAGCAACCGCCUGGACGACUUCCCGCUCAACGUGUUUUCCGUCACCCCGUACACACCCAGCACCGCUGACAUCCAGGUGUCGGAUGAUGACAAGGCAGGGGCCACUUUGCUCUUCUCAGGCAUCUUCCUGGGACUGGUAGGGAUCACGUUCACCAUCAUGGGCUGGAUCAAAUACCAAGGUGUCUCCCACUUUGAAUGGACCCAGCUCCUGGGGCCCAUCCUGCUGUCAGUCGGGGUGACAUUCAUCCUGAUAGCUGUGUGCAAGUUCAAGAUGCUCUCCUGCCAGUGGUGCAAAGAGAGCGAGGAAAGGGUCCUGGAUGCGGAGCAGAUGGCGGGGGGACAGUCAUUUGUUUUCACUGGUAUCAACCAACCCAUCACCUUCCACGGGGCCACUGUCGUGCAGUACAUCCCUCCCCCUUAUGGCUCCCAGGAGCCCACUGGGAUGAACACCGCCUUCUUGCAGCCCAUGGUGAGCCCUUGUGGUCUCACACCGCCUGGAGGGGCCGCUGCCGCCACUCCCAACCCGCCUCAGUACUACACCAUCUACCCCCCAGAGAACGCGGCCUUUGUCGGCGACCAGGACUACUCUUCCCUCAUGGCUGGUGGAAGUAUCAGAGCGAGUCCUCAUGCCGAGCAACUAGUGGAGACACAGCUGGAAGAGGACUCUGCCUGCUUCUCUCCUCCUCCCUAUGAGGAAAUAGACUCCCACCCUCGCUAGAGACUGAUGCCCGGGGCCUCAUCUCAGUCCUUGCUGAUGCUGAGUGAAGGCUUCCAGGCCAGGACAGCCCAGGCGACCUGACAUGCCACUCAAGGGCAGGAAGGUGGGAGGUAAAAUGUCCCAGAUUGGUAAAAAUUAGGCCGAGAUGGGCAAAUUCCUUUUCAGCACAGCUGGAAAUCCCCUGCACAAGUUUUGGGAGAGAGAAUUUCACCUGUUUCCUCACUGCCCAACCCUUCUCUACUAGAAGGUGCUGGGGUCUCAAUUCUAGCUCUAGCAGUCAAGGGAAAAUCUCCAUGGCUGUGACUUUGGGAGUCUCCCUUGUGGUGAGAGUGGGGUAGAAGGAAGCAGGGAAGAGAACACUGGAGGUUUCCCUGUCCUCAGAUUCCAAAGGGGAUUUGCAUAUUCCAAACAAAGGGAUUGCAGUCUGGUGUUCCUUGAGGAUUCUAGGUAUCCUGAAGGCUGCAGUCAGUCAGUAAAUUAAUAAACAAAUAAAUAAAAUGGAAUAAAACAAAAUAAAGAAUGUUUCCUUUUAGAAUAAUAUUAGAUAGCUGGCUAAACCAAGCAAAGUAAAUAAUAGACAAUGAGAUCAAUAAAUCCUUAUGUUAUCACUGGAUCACAGUGACUCUUGGCUGCUGAUGUUCUCUUUGGCGAGGGUGAAGCUGGAUGUGUCCAAGGCCAGCAACACAGGCAUCUCCCUAACCAUCCGUGGAUGAGUUCUGUGAUUUACACGAAAUAGAGCUGCCAUGUCAACACUUGGAAAAUUAUCACUCAUGGAAACACUCCUUCUGUUUAAGACAAACUUACUUUCUUUAUAAACAAAACUUUGGUGCCUUUAAUCUCGCUGAAGCUGGACUGUGUAAUAAACAACCAGAACAGACUCACAGACUUUAGAAGAGACAGUUCAAGCCAUCAGAUUUUAAAUGAAAAUAUUUUCCAUAGUCUGCAAAGGUGAGGCCACUCAGGUAAGGGUGGCUCAUCCCAAAGGAAGAGGAUUUAGCAAUCUUGUCAAGAUUUGGUAUCAUGUUUGUAUAUGGAAUGAUUUUUUUUUAACUAAUUUUUAUCAGAAGUACAUAAAGUACAUAGUUUUCCAAGGAUAUGA